AUACAAAUAAUACAAUAUUGUUUAAUUACAUUUAAAAAUUAAACCUUUCUGCACUUCAUUUAAUACCAUAAAAUCAAUUCGAAACACCUGAAAAAUACGUUAAAAUUACAUUACAAUUUAAAAUAUUACAAUAAUAAAUUACAUUUGAAUAUCGAGCUGGUUCGUUAAGACCGUAUCCUCUCAACACUAGAUGCAGUUGGCUGUCAAAGUCAAAGAAAUGACAUUUUGUAAUUUGUAUCGAUCUGUCGGAAGUCGGACUUGAAUUGGAGAGUUCUUGUACCUGCUAAGUUCAAAGUGAAAGAAGUUUUGAAACUAUUUUCCAGCGUUUUGAAGAUGGAAGACUCAUCAGACCAAGCAAAUUGGGCAGAAACUCCAAAAUUUCUCAAUGUGCCCCUAGCUAAAGGAAUAAACAAGAGGGAGCUCUUAGAGACUGGCCACACGGAGUUCACUAUAGACUUUGACUAUGACAAGAGAAAGUCAUUGUUUGACUCACCCGAAGACGAGGACAUGUUCAUGGUUUAUGAUGAUGAGGACGACGAUGAUGGCGAUGUUUUGAAUAGUGUAGACAAACAAGCCGAGACCAUGCUCCUGGCCUCGCCAGAGUAUCAAUCAUUUGAGCAGUUAGCUGCGAAGAUGAAGGACUGUCUAUCUAACGGGAGUGUAAAGAUACUGAUUCUUGAAGAAGGGGACGGUCCCCUAGUAUCGCCUGAUUCGCAAGUACUAUUGCACUACGCUGCGUAUUAUGAAAGAUCUGAAGUACCUUUUGAUACGUCCCUCACAAGUACAUCAGGAAACUCCGCCGCAUUACCCCGUCGAUACCGAAUGGGAGUAGGGGAAAUCUUAACUGGUUUGGAAGUCGGUAUCCUCAACGUAAAGGGUCCGAAGGCGAGAUUCCACCUACUUUUACAACCAGAUGUAACGUGGGGUAACUUGGGCGUGCUGCCUCGUAUACAGCCGAAGCCAGUACUCUUUGUUGUAUGCCUAUAUGAUGUUAGACUCGAGGCGGCUGCUGCUAGAUUCAACGACCUGCCAAGUUCGGAGCAAAUGAAAUUUGAAACUACAGUAACUACUAUAAAGGACAUACGCGCAGUCGCCAAAGACCUAUUCACAAGAAAAAAAUAUUCACAAGCUAUCCGAAAUUAUGAACAUGGCAUCUCUAUAUUAUCUGUGUGCCAACCACAGACUGAAGAAGAAUUAAAAGAGGUCAACGACCUUAAAGUGGCCAUCUUUGUUAACCUGGCAACUUGCUAUUACAAAACGAAUAGACCAAAAAAUAUUUUAGGCGUUUGCAAACAUAUUAACAGAAUUAUCGAUAUAAAUACUCAUUGUAAAGCAUUGUUUUAUUAUGGUAGGGCUCAUGAAUCUCAAGGUAAAUUUCAGGAGGCUAUUUCUUAUUACAAAAAAGCGCUUCAAAUAGAACCGAAAAAUAAAGAGAUAGGGAAGGCUUUAGCCGAGUUAGAUGCUAGGCUUAAAAAAGCAGAAGUUGACGAAAAAGCCAUGUGGCGUAAGGCUCUCAGUCAGAACGCAGAAAUACCUGUGCCCGUAGAGGAAAAAAUUAAAAAAGUAUGCUACGUUGUCGAUGAAGACUUUAGGAAGGGCGUCUUUGACAUGUGUCAAGAUUUGGCGGGAAGAAAGGACUAUGCUAAAUUCGAUUUGCCGCCGGGUUUGACGAAAGAUGAGGUUGUUUGUAUUAAAGAUUUAACGAGUGAGUUCGAAGGUUUGACUGUUAUGGAAGAUGGUGAAGGCAAACGGAAAAAGGUUUCGAUUGUGAAGCAAAAUUUGUAAGUGCGCCAUUUUUUGUUUUUUUUUUUUUUGUUUAUACAGUAUACAAUUAUGUCAAAGGCAGCCAGUCAACAAUGCUGUAAAAUUAUGUACUGUCGUUUAUUUUAUUCCUGUAUUUUCUUUGGCAUAUCGAUGCUUUCUUAAUAAAAUGCAACUAUUGUAGUCUUUUAAUGUCUGCAAUUGCAAUUUUUCCUUAGAAAUGAAGGUCAUAUCAAGAUAAUUAUUAUUUUCAUGAUUUGCCGCUUUAAAGUCAAAAACUUUUUUUUAAAUAUAUUUUUCGGUAUAGUUGACAUGUCGUCGCGUAGGUACUCGUUUCGAAUACUUUUAACGUAAUUCAAACUCGUACUAAGGUCUCAGCUCAAUUUGAGAGAGAAAUCUCAAUUUUUCACUAUACGUGUGCUAAUAUUUUAUUUUAUGUAGGAGUUAAGGUACCUAUUAAGUAGUGUAAGAUAAAGAAGUAUGUAAGGAGCGUAGUAGGUGGCGCUCUGUAGUUUCUGUAUACCAUCAGAUGUAUGAAUGUGAUGUA